UUUCUUUCUCUUUCUCUUUCUCUCUGACUCACCAAACAAAACAACACAGCACAAAACACACUUCUCUUCUCUCUCUAGACUCUAUCUGUAUCUGACUCCCGACACUGUUUCAGAACCCGACAAAAGCAAAGCAACCUCUGCCUCCUCCCUUCGCAGUUCUCACCUCUCACUCUCUCCUGCCCAGGGGCUCUUCCCGUAAUAAAGCCCAAAACUUUUCCUCUUUCUGAAACCACACACACUUCCACCACUUCCAUUUAUUUUUCCUCGCAAAUGGAAACCCACCAGAGAGAAUGAUAUGAUAUCACAGUUCCACAUGCUUAACCUCUUCAUCUUCAACUCUUCCUCACCUUAACUCAUCUAUCUCUCUCUUCUUUUCCUCCGAGCGACACCACACACACACACUCUCAAUCUCUCUGAUGGAGAAGACGCUGGUUCUUCACAAGCUCGAAGCUCGUGGCAUAAUUUAGACAUUUUUCUUCAAGUCUUUCUUUUCUCUACCUGGUUUACUUUCCUUUCUUUUUGCUUGUCUUUCUACAACAUCCUCUGCUGGAGUAUGGCAUGCCGGAAACUGGUCGUUGGGAACUUGGAUCCGCAGAGAAAGAGAAGUGGGGGGUUGAGGACGAAACAGGCGGGGAGAGGAUCGUGCCGUGGUAGUUAGGACCCGGAAUCUAAACUCGCCGGAAAAUGCGUGUUUUCCGGCUUUGAUAAUUGCCCUUUUGUGUUUUUCUGUUCGUGCAUGCUGUUGUUUCUCCAUUAGGUCGGAGAAAAGAAAAAAAAGCAAGUAAAUUGUCGCGUGCUUUGAGAUGGGGUUUUUGUUGAAAGAAGCUUUGAGGACUCUCUGCGGUCGGAAUCAAUGGUCUUAUGCUGUGUUCUGGAAGAUCGGUUGCCACAAUUCUAAGUUAUUAAUCUGGGAAGAAUGCUACUAUGAACCUUUGCCAUGCCCUCCACCCAUGUUUGGAAUGGGAGAUUUGCCUUAUCAGAAUGGGGGAGGACACUGGUUUUCUUCAGGUUCUCAAUCAUCUCAACUCGGGAUUCAAGAGGAGGACCGAGUCAAUUCUUUGAUUAACAAAAUGACAGUAAACAAUUCAGUUAUCAUUGCAGGAGAAGGUAUGGUUGGACGGGCUGCAUUUACAGGCAGCCAUCAGUGGAUUCUCUUGAACAGUUUCACAAAAGAUGUAUAUCCACAGCAGUUAUACCCUGAAGUGCAUCACCAACUUUCAGCUGGAAUACAGACAGUAGUAGUUAUUCCUGUACUUCCUCACGGUGUUUGUCAAUUUGGUUCUUUCUUACCUAUGAAUGAGAAUAUGGGAUUUGUGAAUGAUGUGAAGAGCUUGAUCUUGCAAUUAGGAUGUGUUCCUGGCGCCCUUCUAUCUGAAGACUAUUCAGCAAAUCGAUUUGCUGGACCUUCCAUUGUGCCGGUGUCUAUUGAUCCACCUGUCAUUACGUCGAAUUGCACUCCCUCAGUAGCUAAUGGCUCCAAUCAGAAAAGUAAUUCAUUUCAUACUUCAAGGCCUUUUGUUCAAACACCUUGCCAUUUAAAUGUAGAGACAAGUACCUGCCAGGGUUCUGCACUGGCACCAGAAACCUGUAAAAUGAACCAGAUACCCAGCAACCAUUGCCAACCAAAUGUUAUUCCAAUGAGUAAAACAAACUUUUCUGGGCAACAACAGAACAGAGCUAUGGAGGCUGAAGUGAUAAUCUCAGAUGUUGAUUCAUGCCUGCAGCAGCAUUCUGUUUCACAUACUGCUAGAUCUGCAUUUGAUAACUUGACUGGUUCUGGGUCUUUUGGUCAAUCUUGUUUGAGUGAUGAUCAUCUAACAUUAAUGGAGCAACAAAUCAUAUCAGCGAUUGGGAAUCGAGAUAAUGUUAAUCCUUGUUUCAAUGUGUCAAGCACCUUAAACAUGCCACAUCUAAACACAGAUGGAGGCCACAUACUUGGCCACAGUAUGAAUUCUAGCAGUGCCCCUUUACUUGGAGGAAUCCCAAUACAUGGUGGAAUGAGUACUCUUUUGAGGUCAAAUCUGAUUACUAGUCCUGGUUCAAAAUCUCCCAAAGCAUCCACAGCUGAUUUAUCCAGAGAAGUUGAGAUUGGUCUUCAAAAUUCUGAUUCUUCAACUAAAGCAAGAGGUUGUUCUUUGGCUAAUUCGAGUAAUCAAUGCAGCACCUUUCCCAUGCACGUAGAAGGUUCUGAUCACAAGUGUGUUUCAACUAAUCAAAAGAUAGAUUAUGAUUUGCAUCAGGCCCCUAACCUCCCCACUUUCCAUGUUGAGCAACGUGUGCCCAUUAGUGGUCAAAUCCCUGGUCUUGCCCAUGAUUGCGUUAGUAAAGAUGAUAGUAUUCAAUCUAUGAUGGGAAUGAAUCCCAAACUCAAACUAGAUUGUACUAAACCUCCAUCAGAUGAUGACCUGUUUGAUGUUUUAGGGGUAGAUUUGAAAAACAAAUUGCUGAAUGGAAAUUGGAAUAAACUCUUUGCAGACGAAUUGGAUGCAAAUACAGAAAAUAUGGACAAAAAGUCAGAACCUAUGAACAUACCAGACAGUGGCAUAUUUUCUGGGACGGGAACAGACCACCUCUUGGAUGCAGUGGUCUCCAAAGCCAAAUCUGUCGUAAAACAAGAUUCUGACGACAUGUCUUGCAGGACAACAUUGACAAGGAACAGUACUUCCUCUGUUCCCUCUCCUUCCUGUAGACCGGUUAUGUCUGGUAAUUUCCAAGGGGGUUUAUUUGAUUUCCCUAAGAAUGGUGGUAAAACAGGUGCCACAGAAGCUACCUUUCUUAGGUCCAGAUGUAACAAGGAAGAUGCCGGAAACUGUUCUCAAACUAGUUCUACUUAUGGCUCACAACUUAGUUCAUGGGUUGAGAACAGUGGGAGUGUUAAACGUGAGAAUAGUGUUUCUACUGGAUACUCAAAGCGGCCAGAUGAAGCUUGCAAACCCAAUCGUAAGAGGCUUAAACCAGGAGAGAAUCCCAGACCUCGCCCCAAAGAUCGCCAAAUGAUUCAAGAUCGGGUGAAAGAACUAAGAGAAAUUGUGCCAAACGGAGCAAAAUGUAGCAUUGAUGCACUUUUGGAACGGACCAUCAAGCACAUGCUUUUCUUGCAAAGUGUGACAAAGCAUGCCGACAAGCUAAAACAAACCGGCGAGUCUAAGAUUAUUAAUAAGGAAGGUGGGUUGCUUUUGAAAGACAACUUUGAGGGAGGAGCUACAUGGGCAUAUGAAGUUGGCUCACAAUCCAUGGUUUGUCCUAUUGUUGUUGAGGAUCUGAACCCUCCUCGCCAAAUGCUAGUGGAGAUGCUUUGUGAGGAAAGAGGUUUCUUUUUGGAAAUAGCCGACUUAAUCAGAGGAUUAGGUUUAACAAUAUUGAAAGGGGUAAUGGAAGCUCACAAUGACAAAAUCUGGGCACGCUUUGCUGUUGAGGCCAACAGGGAUGUAACAAGGAUGGAAAUAUUCAUGUCACUGGUUCGUCUUUUGGAGCAAACGGUGAAGGGAAAAGAAUCUUCAUCCAAUGCAAUGGAUAAUAACAUGGUGUAUCACAGUUUUCCACAGGCUGCGCAGAUAGCAGCAACUGGAGGGCCUAGUAGCUUGCAAUGAACUCAUCUUUUUCAUGUUUUCUUAGUGUGGAUGUGUUGAGAGCAAGCACAGAAUGCGCUUGCCAUGACUGACAUCAAAUCCAAUCUAAGAUUUCAGGUGGACUUAACUUUCCCUAACUGUUUUACAUCUCAUAUCUGAACUCAUUUUGAAAAAGAGUGUUUAGGUACUAGGUAGUGGAGAACAUGUCUAGAUACUAUGUAUUAUUCCUAUGUUGUAACAGAAUGUUUUGUUUCUGUGCCUCCAAACAUAAUGCAUACUACUGUGUUGGCAUUGUCUACUGAUACACAACACUGAACUCUUAGAUGACUUGCAUCCAUUUUUUUUAAAUUGUGUGGGGUUGAUACCGAAGCAGUUGUUGUUGUGAUUCAGAUAAGAUGUAUAGAUAUGGAAAGAAGGGUCUCGUGUGCUCCUUGGCUUGCUACACGCUUUCUCCUUUACCCUUUUGAAGAAGGUUUUGUAACAUGUUUAAAAGUUAUAACUAUUUAUAUUUUCUGAAUCUUAAAGUUUUGUAUCAUGCUAUAUAUUAUAAGUUUACUUGUGGUUGGUA